AAAAGGAAAGAAAAAAGAAAAAAGAAAAAAAUUAAAAAAAGACAAGUCGCGGCGCGAACGCGUCUUUGAUUAAUGCAGAGAACGCGGCAUAGAAUUGGAAGAGAAAGGCUGGAAACAGAGAGGUCGUGUCAACACAAGCAUCAUCCUCAUCCUCAACUCUUCUUCACACUUCUCUCUCUCUCUAUCUCUCUCCUCCUCCUCUGUGACCUGAUUGUUGUUGUUUGUCCAUCUCUCUCUCUUUUUCUUUCGUGGCCACUGUGAAUUCCAUUUCCAUUUUCUGUUUCAAUUUUAAUUGAAUAGUUUUAUACGUAUAAGGCUCCACAACAAGACAGCCAUGACCGGCAGAGAAAUUCUCAAUAAGAUGAAGGAGAAAGUUUUAGGUCCAUCAGACCCCGACUCUGGAAAAGGAAAGAGCAAAAUGUCACACCAUAUAACACAUGGCUUCCACUUGGUAAAGGGAAAAUCCCAUCAUGCUAUGGAAGACUAUGUUGUUGCACAGUUUAAGCAAAUCGAUGACCAUGAGCUAGGACUAUUUGCAAUUUUUGAUGGCCAUUUGAGCCAUGAAAUUCCUGAAUACUUGCAGUCCAAUCUCUUUAACAAUAUCUUAACAGAGCCUGAUUUCUGGACAGAAACGGAGAAUGCAGUCAGGAGAGCAUAUUGUGUAACAGAUACUAACAUUCUGGAGAAGGCAGUUGAUUUGGGAAAAGGGGGUUCAACUGCAGUUACGGCCAUAUUAAUUGACUGCCAGAAGCUGGUGGUAGCCAAUGUUGGGGAUUCUCGAGCUAUUAUUUGCAACAAUGGUGUAGCAAAACAACUAUCUGUUGAUCAUGAGCCUAGCACAGAAAGAGAAGAAAUUGAGAACAGAGGUGGUUUCGUGUCAAACUUUCCAGGGGAUGUUCCACGGGUUGAUGGGCAGUUGGCGGUAGCAAGAGCGUUUGGUGACAAGAGCUUGAAGAAACAUCUCAGUUCUGAACCUCAUGUAAUGGUGGCUUUAAUAGAAGAGAAGACAGAGUUCAUUGUCUUGGCAAGUGAUGGACUAUGGAAGGUGAUGUCGAACCAAGAAGUUGCGGAUUCUAUCAAAGAUAUAAAGGAUGCCCGGGCCGCAGCGAAGCACCUUACAGAAGAGGCUGUGAAUAGGAAGAGCUCUGAUGAUAUUUCUUGUGUAGUUGUAAGAUUUCAGUGAAUGCAUAAGUUCUAUUUGGUAUGUAUUUUGUCUAAUUUUUAACUUGGUUUUCAAUGAUGUAUUAGAUAUGUUGUAUUCAUAAACAGCUAUGGCAUUGAAGUGUGCUUGACGUGUAUCUUGUGCCCCUUUCGUGUUAUAAUCCCUUCAUCAUUGUUUUGGAGAUUCGUACAUGCCACAACAAAAAUAGCCAAAAUUUAGCUAUGGAUGGACAAAA